CCAGCCAUGGCGAGCCAAGGGGGCAUGACCUGCUUGAUAAGCUUCCUCAUCAUAUGCAAUGUGUUCUCUGCUGCAGCAGGACUGGCAUUAUUUGCACUGGCUAUUUGGGUGACAGUAGAUCAGUAUAAGCUGUACCCGAUAUCUGCAGUGUCAGGGAAGAAUGACAUCUUUGCCGCUGCCUGGAUAGCCAUCUUCACUGGCUUCGCCUACUUCUGCACCAGCAUCUUUGGCGUUUUCGCUGCUGUGAAAAUGCGUCGCUGCCUCAUGCUGACGUAUCUGAUCCUCAUGUCCAUCAUUUUCAUAUUUGAGUGUGCAUCCUGUAUUGUGGCUGUCACCAACAGAGACUAUCUGGUUGGUAACAGCAACCUUGUGAAGAAUCAGAUGCUACAGUACUAUGCGCAGGAUAGUGACAAUGGAAGACAGAUCACCGUCACAUGGAACAGGAUCAUGCAAGAUGCGCAGUGCUGUGGGACAGACUCCCCUCUGGACUGGGUCCAGUACAACUCCACCUUCGGCCAGCUGUACGGCAGCUCCACCCCCUGGCCACUGCAGUGCUGCACACGGCUGAGCAUCUUCAAGGUGGCGGACCUGCAGGACUGCGUGGAGGGGCAGAGCAGCGCCGUGUUCACCCAGGGCUGUUUUAACUACAUCCAGUCCAUGUUGUGUCGUUAUACCUGGGCAUUGAGCUGGUACGGCUUCUCUGUACAAAUGUUUGUGUUUUUUCUGUUGCUGAUCGCCAUACUGUACUAUAUUCUGCUGGAAUAACACCACUCAAGUGAUGCUACCACACACGCUGACGAGGCUAAACCUGAAUUGAACCUACUCGGCGUCUAUAAUAGGGACCUACUGGGUUGCAUUUAUCGACUGCUGCUGUGAGCAUCUUUGAUCUCGGAGCAAGGGCACAUCUACACCAGCUGCUUUCACCUGCUGUCACCAUCCAUCAGUACUGCAGCCACGAAGACCUUCAUUCAAUGGACAACUCGCACUGCACAGCACGUAGAAGAAACAGCGGAAAAUUCAGUAUGUUUGUUUAUUUAUCCAGUUAUUCCACGGAGGCGAUCAGCCGAGAUAUGUUUGGUACUGUCUGAUUUCCACAUGCAUUUCGCAAGGUGCCAUCAGGUGAUCAAACGCAAAACUAAAGGAACAAAAACCCGACCUGCUGAUUAGUUACACUGAAGGUAACGGGAAAAUUGUGUAAACUUAAUUUCGCGCCAAACUAUAGCGUUAAGAUGCAGCACUUUUAAACACGCUCUGUGUGUUGUGGUGACAUGACUGCUUUUACUGUUCGUUUUUUUUUUCCUUUUCAUUUUAAUAACAACCAAACCGAUACUAAAAAAAUAAUUAGGCGUAUAGAUUAGACUUUUGUUUGUCACAUUCCAGAUCAAUUGCUACAAUCAUCGCAUUAUUUAUUAGACAUUACUCUGAUGCAGGAGUCGGCCUUUUCCUCUUCUGUUCAUUUUCAAUUUGGCACAGAUUUGCUCUUGUAUUCCAGGAUCAGGGAUAAGAAUGAUCAAAUAUACGCUGUA